AUGAGAACGGAUCAACAAGGGGGACCGUCAUCCUCGCACAGGGUAAUCGCUGCUGCAUACCCAAGGAGCCAUGAGUCUGAGCCGCAAUUGAAUGGGGCCGAAGCACUGUCAGCUAGACGUGGAGUGAUUCGUCCAAAAAGCGCUGGUCCAAGAACUGUAACAUCGGAAGCCAACCUAUAUCCCGUCCGACACUUCCAACGACAAACAUCAAUGGCUGAUGGAAUACGACCUGAUCAUGGGCGAGCAUCCUCUGGGCCUACCAAAUCCGCCGCUUCUUCCACCGGCACCGUCGACCGACCCCCAUGUGAGCCACCUGAAACUCUGACGUCGCCGCCAGGGCAAUCCAUCUGGACACGCUUCAAACGUAGUGGACCUUGGACAGGCUCAUCGAAAAAGGAGCUGAACUUGGGUAGCAUUGAUGAUUUACAGCUGGCUCGUAUCGAGGAGGGAUCGCCGAGACCUAACCCUGUCGGAAAGCGGAAGGGAAACAGGCGUCCCCGUUCCGCGACGUUUGGACAACACAGUGAAAGAAGACUUGGUCAGGAUGGCGGGAAAGGAAGAUGGUGGGCCGGUAGUACGCACCAGAUGGGAUCAUCAGUCGCCAACGGGGUAGCCGAAGAGGAAUUUCAGGAUAGUUUUGUGGAUGACCCCGUCGCUGAAGGCCGAGACGACAUUACCUGCGAAUUUGACGUGAUAAGAAACCUUCGCAGUGCACCUGUGGAAAAUGCCGACGAGUCAUCCACGCAUGUUUUGGGUGGUCCACAGGAUUACUUGCAGACCACCAUGCAGGACCUCUUUGCUCGCGCCUCUUUUGCGACUAGAACAUCCAUGAUAAUGCCGGGAAUUCCGUCUACGGCACCCUAUAAUCCUCGCAGAGCUGUUCUCUCGACAGGGAUAUCGGCAGCGGGCGGCAUGUACGGGAAUAUACAAUCUUCUCGACGAUUAAGUGAUCGAGGCGACGGCGUGCGCUCUCUUACUGAUCGCUCACCGCAUAUAUCUAUAGGGGGGCAGAGUGGAUCACUUCGAGCGUCCCGUGCAUCGUCUAAUGCCGUUCUUUCCAGCACUGACGGGAAUAGGGCGGAAAGAGUUUCCAUAUCUGGCCUCAUCUCCGAAACAACCCUCCCAGAGCAAAUGAUUCCUCCAACACCCGAAGCACCCUCAAUUCUUUCGCCUACAUUGCAGUUAGCUCCUUGGGUCAAUUUUCCCCUCAUGGAUUCACCCAGUACCGAACUGACCGACCCAAUAGCAAGAACUUCCCAAAAUGCUCUCCCUGCUGUAUCAGACACACUCAUGAGAUCCGAAUCUGCCAUCAGCAAAAGCGACACGCAUCCCCCACUUUCCGUUUAUCUCAAACCACUAGAUACACCAAACGUCCUACUUGGUGCAAACCUUGACAUCGACUCGGGACUCACGCCCCGUCACUCCGAGCAUGUUCCAGCACUGGCAAGCGACGAACCGGCACAAGUCGAGCAUGAGAAAAGUAAGUCGGCAGUCAUACCGGCCGUCAAACCCACAGGCUUGGAGCCCCCCGAUUUGAGCGCAUCAUCGUUGAAUUUCGAAGGUGGUGUGUUACCAACUAAAUAUGUUGCGAGAGGGUCAGAGGUUAAGAAAGGCACAUUUGUUAAGCGGAAAAGUCGGGCAGAUGGACUGGCGUUGGAGGAGAGUGACGGCGCAGCGCCAGAGGUGAUUAGGAAGAAACCAUUGUCCGUCUGGAAGGCCAUCAAACAGCCAUUGAGUGAAAGCCCUUCAACAGGCUGGAAUCUUCGCUUCACGUACCCCAUCGAGAAUCUCUAUCGUGUCUGGUUGUUCCACCUCUGGGUGAAGCCGUUUCAAGCAACCGUCUUGUCCCUCUUGGUGUUUUUCUGGCUUGUCUGGUUUGUGAUCGAAUUCUUUGUUUUCGAGACAAGGCCCUUGCCCGUUCAUUUGGGUUCGGGAUUGGUCAAUAUUACCGGAAUUAUCGGAAUAUGUUGGAGUUUCAGGGAGAGUUGGGAGCGGAGAUGGAAUGCAUUUAUGCAGAUCUUUUUUGUCAUGAUGGCACUAGAAACGCUGAAUUACAGUGCACACUAUUUAUUCCAUGCUCUAAGUUUUGAUCCCGAGCGCAUCAAGUAUGGGAGUAACUCAAACCGCUUCAUCUUUAUCCAAACCUGCAUCGCUGCAUUUGGCCAAGUUCCUUUUUACAACUAUGCCAUGCUCAUGUGGGUAUUCCUCAUCGGCCAAAUCGUCAUCGAGGGAAUAGCCUUGCUCCCUCAGGGCUACGACGUUAAACCCUUGGUAGCAAACUGGGUGUUUUAUACGGCUGCAACGGUUGUUGGUACCUAUUUUAGGUACACCGGUGAAGUACACUUGCGAAAGGCUUUUAUUAAAUAUCGAAUAGCCUACCGCAAUCAAGCUCGCCUCUUUGCCGCCCGAGAACAAAGCGAAUACCUUCUUUCCAUGAUUCUUCCCGCCAAAGUUAUCGAAACUCUACAUAGUUUACAAGGAAAAGUGAGCGAUCGGUUGAUUCUAAGUACUCACGAGACGUUUUUGGAAUUGAGGGGUGUUACGGUGAUGUUUGCAGAUCUUGUGGGAUUUACAGAAUUUUCAUCGUCGAUUACAGCUGAUGCUUUGGUGGAAAUCCUCAGUGAGCUUUUCUCAGAAUUCGACGCCCUCGUCACUGAGCUCGGUCUCGAAACCAUAAAAACCAUAGGCGACUGCGUUCAAAUUGCAGGCGGGGUUCCCGAACAGCUUGAAACCGAGGAGCUCAUUGCUGAUCAUGCUGAGCGUGUGUGCGCAAUGGCACUUAUUAUGCUGACGACCACUCGUCGUGUCAGUGCAAGUCUCGGUAGGCAAUUGAGGCUCAGGAUUGGUAUACAUACCGGGACGGUGAUUGGGGGUGUAAUGGGCCUAUGGAAGUUCAAAUAUGACAUUUGGUCCCGCGAUGUUGACAUCGCUUCCAUUAUGGAGCAAACUGGUCGCCCCAACAUUCCCCACGUAAGCGAACAAACUUACACCCUCCUCCAAAACCGCCUCUCCCUAUCCUUCAUGCCAGCACCCGAUGUAGCCGCGUUUGGUCACCCGAUAAAAACGUAUGAGAUGCUUGUUCUAGAAGAGGAAGGUGAUGCAUUGGAGAGACUUGCUGCUCGUUUGCGGAUACAAGGAGAACUGCCGGCAUUGCAUGGCAAGCGGACUGGAUCGUCUGGACAUGGAUCAGGAGAGGCUGUCACUGCAGCGGCGGUGCGACAGGCAUUUGGGGCGUCGAAUGCAAUGGUGUUUACCGACUUGCCCAAUUCGAUGGGGAAGAGGAAUGCACCUGGGAAGAAUAAUCUUGGAAAUACCGUGAACAAUUUUGAAAACAGCAUCAAUUUCUUGACAUCUGAGUUCAAAGACCAUAUAAUGGAAAGAGAUUAUCGCGACAAUUAUAUCCGCAACUGGCCAGGAGCCCUCAUCUUUGCCUCUGGCAUCGUCUUCUUCGUCUACGUUUGCAUCUUUUACGUUCACAUCUCCAUCUUUGAGGACGCUUCUCCAGCCAUCUUUGCCGUAGAGGCCGUCAUUGGCUUUACACUCUUACUUGACAUCAUUUUCGCAUACCGUUUAAACCGACCGCUUCGGGAACAGUUUAUUAGAGUCAUGGAUAAGGGCGAUCGACUGGCUUCUGCAUUGUGGAUGACAUCUACGGAGGAAGUAGGAAGAAAGUCUGACGAGCAUGGCGACUUAAAUUCUGCGGCCCAUGAUCCAUGGCGGUGGUUCCGUCCAAAUGUAUUUGCUCUUUCGACUAUUACGGCUGUUUUCCUUUCUACAUGUCUGCACCUUUCCGGGACGCAACCUGAGACCCUGACGUACCAUAGUGGCUGCAUGGUGCUCUGCAUCGUAGCAUGCCUCGUCUAUCCCGGCGUCAAAAUCGUUUAUAUCAAUUUUGCCAUCGUUCUCUUUACGUUUACCUUUUUUAUCGCUCAAAUGUGUGUUAUUGUCUACAAGUACGGAUCCGUUCAGCAAAACCAUACUAUUAUGGGUGUCUUACCAGAUAUGGGGCUGAUGGGUUUGGUCCUCGUUGCCGUGGUACGAGCCAACAGAAGCUACGAUAUUAUCAGCCGAAUGAACUUUUACAUCAAGCGUCAAACGGAGGUGGAUUACGCAGAAACGAAGCGGACGCAGGCGGCCGCAGAGCGGAUGUUAUUAAAUAUUUUGCCAUUGAGAGUUGUUCAAAGGUUGAAGGACAACCCAGCGACGCAUAUUGCUGACGAUAAGGCGGAAGUAUCGAUCUUGUUUGCGUUUAUAUCAAACUUUGGUCCUUCGGACGAUGCUAGCGAGAUUGAAAACAUUUGGACGUUGAACGACAUUAUCUGCGACAUUGAUGCGCUGGCGCGGUCGCGGAGUGUAGAAAAGAUUAAAACCAUUGGAACUAAAUACAUGGCCAUGGCCGAACCGCAGCCGGAUGUCCCAGAGCAUCACUUGCAACGGUUAUGCGACUUUGCGCUUGAUUUGCUGGACGUUGUACGAGCGUUCAAUGCUCGAUCUGGACAGAGUUUCGCUCUGAGGACGGGAAUACAUGUCGGUCCAGCGGUUUGUGGUCUGAUCGGAACCCGAACCUUUACAUUCGAUGUUUGGGGCGAUACCGUCAACGUAGCAUCUCGAAUGGAAAGCACAGGCCUUGACGAGCACAUUCAAGUAACCCAAGCUGUAUACGACACUCUUAAAGAUAGGUACCGUUUUAAACCACGAGGACGGGUGUAUGUCAAGGGCAAAGGGGAGCUGGACACGUAUUUCUUGUUGGGGCCAAAUGAUGGAUCGCUGAGGAGGAGAAGCCAGAGGAGGGUGUCGAUGGUGAGGGAUUCUCCAAGAUCGAGAAGAGCGAGCAGUGCGGUGAAACCAGGUGUUGUGGAAGAGUAAGGGUUUGGUAAUCAUUCAAGGUCGCUCGGGCGAGGGAUGGGUAUAGUUUUGCGGUUGUGUAUAUGUAUUCUGUGUAUAGUGAUGCUCGGGACUGAGUUGUUUUUUGGAUAGAGGGGCAAUUUGAGGAGUAAUUGUUUGAAAUGAAAUGAGAUUAUCGUCACUGCCACGGUCAUCCUCAUCAUGGCAGAUUGCA